AAAAACGUGCGGUUUACAAGGAACUCCUGAGGGUGAGUCAUCGGGCUUCGAACGAUGAUCCCCGCUUAUAAAAUCAUGCCCGUAACAGGAGGGAGCCCAGAAGAUGCGGCAGGACCAGAGGAAACUCACCAUGAUCUUCAAGCACCUCAUCAGUAUUAUACUAAUAGAAAAUGUUUCAAGUUCGUUUGAACCAGUCAAAACCAAGCCUACUUACCAAAGAAGAGAUGCAAUAACUGGUCAGAUGGUGACAUGUGAGCAGUGUCCACCUGGGACAUUUGUGAAAGAAUACUGUACUAGUACCCAACCAACAAUGUGUGAAGGCUGCCCAAAUUUGCACUAUACACAGUAUUGGAACUACGUUCAGAAAUGUCGCUACUGUAAUGUCUUCUGUGGAGUCCACCAGUAUGAAAAGCACCAGUGUAAUUCUACACAUAAUAGAGUGUGCGAAUGCAAAGCUGGCUAUUAUUUGGAGUUUGAAUUCUGCCUGAAACACUCCAGCUGCCCUUAUGGUGCUGGCGUAAUUAAAAUGGGAACCCCAUACAGUGAUACAAAUUGUGAGCUGUGUACCAAUGGUUAUUUUUCUCCCAGAGUUUCCAGUUCAGAACCUUGUUUUGUACACACAAACUGCACUGAAGAAGGCUUACAGGUUAAUGUCCCAGGUAAUCGAUACCACAAUACCCUGUGUACUUCCUGCAAGAAAUAUGGUAACAGAACUUUGGAUGAUUCAGCUGUUUCUUCCUGUAAUGAAGCAUUUAUUCAGUUUGUGGCAUAUCAGAAGAUUCCACUAAAGAAGCUAAUGAGAUUUAUUAAUUUACUUCAGAUUGAAGGGGCAAAGAAAAUUAAUAAACAAUUGAAAAUACAGAAUAAGUAUAUAAUGCAUGAAAAGUCAUCCCCUUCUAAUGAAAUGGAAAGAAGGUAUCAAGGAAAACCACCUACUAGAAAAUACCCUGCAUAUACUUGGAAAAGCAAAUUUGAAAAAUGUUAUAAAAAAUGUACGAAAGCGUUUUAUGUGAAGUGUCAACUCAGCUCUCAAAAUUAUUAAUUCACACUGAAUGAUUGCAGAGUACAACUAAACCAUACAGACAAGAAGGCUCCAGGUUUUAUUCCCAGUUUGUGCUGGAUUAACUGAUCUUUGCUGGAUGCUACAAUUAAUUGACCUGUGCACCUCUGUAUUAUGGAUGGGGAAAACUCGCAUGGCUUCCCACUUCUGCUGCAUGCCCCCCACCCCAACACCACAAAAACAUGCAUGUGUGUAGCAUUUGACACAGUUGUGGCACUUAUCACUGGCUGGGAUCACACAUGAAGAAUUGGCACUUGGAUGAGAUAGUGGGUAGUACGAUAAUGUGCGAUUGCAUUCCAGAAAAUAUUAUUCAUCAAGGGAGAAGGAAAGAAAUUUGAGGGACUUGGCUGAUGAGAACAUUUGGGGCCAAAUUUUGGUAUCCUAUUUGUCCCUGAGCUGUGUUCCUAACCCCAUACCCUCUCCAUUGCUAAGACUGCCAGUCUCUGCCCUGUAUCGGCCCAUCUGCUGAUCAAGCCCUCAUUCAUGCUUUCUAUUCCAAUGAUCCACUGUCCAAGCCUCCCAUCUUCCAUGCGCCACAGGCCUCAGCUCAUCUAAAAAUCUGCUGCUCAUAUCUUACUCAUAUCAAGAUGUGAUGGCCUUAGAGAAGUGCAGAAGAGAUUUACUGGAGUGGUGCCAGGGAUGCGAAACUUCAGCUAUGUGGAGAGACUAGAGAAGGUGGGGUUGUUCUCCUUAGUACAAAGAAGAUUUAAAAAAGAAUGGCGGAAGCAGAUUCAGUAAUAACAUUCAAAAGAGAAUUAGAUAAGUAUUUGAAUGGAAAGCAUUUAAAAGACACUAGAGAAAGAGCACAGGAUUGGGACAAACUGGAUAGCUCUGCCAAUGGGCUGGCACAGUCUUAGUGAGUUGAAUGGCCUCCUUCUAUGCUGUAUCAUUCUUUGAAAGAUGCAAAACAAAUGUAUAUUGUUAUUUAUACAAAACAGGAAUGUGAAUAAAACAGUGUUAAAUAUUAAACAAAAACAAAAAUACCUGGAAAAA